AUGGGCACGUUCACAAACGGCUCACACACUUUACACAACACAUCAGGUACAUGCACGACACUACACUCAUUCACAUCAUUCACAGAUUCACGUAUGACAUUGCAUUCAUUCAUGGUUGUCUUGCUCAGGGCGUCAACUGAUCGAUUCGAGUCCUCUCGCGUGCCCUGCCACGGAGGACUCAUCCGUUUCCCAGCUGCGGAAGGUUCGACACAGGGAGAGGUCUCUGCGGCACUGUGUUUGUCCCUGUCAGUGCAGGUUCUCGUGGCUGUUGCGGUCGGUUUGGGUAAGGCCGCCAGCCGCCUGGCACCCAAUCAGGUGGCCGUCUCCUGCAAUCCCUCCAUCUGUGUCCAAGUAGAUGACAAUAAAGACACCUGCCCAAAAAUGCGGGUCGUCCUUUCCACUGCCUGCUGUCCCUCUGUGUGUGUGUUGCAGGCCCUGUCGUUCCCUUCUUGUGCCUGUCCAUGGCACCCAUCUGCUCCUGAAGAGCGGUCACGUCUGCCCUGA